UACCGACCAAAGAAGAAGAAGAAAAAAAGAAGAAGAAAAAAACAGGAAGUGUUUGUAAACAAACCGGUUUCGGAUUCUAGAUGGGAUUAAACUGUAUUCUUACACUCUUUCGAUAAAAUGAGAGAAACAUAGCUGAGUCUUGGAGAUGGGGGACAACCUCGGCGGAGGAAACCCGGACUGGAUGUCCCGUCUCCCGGAGGAGCUGUUGGAUGUCCCGCUGUGGAACCUGGCCAUUCCCGGGAGCCACGACAGCAUGGCCUUCUGCCUGGACGUGUCCUCCCCGGUGCUUGGGUCGGAGCCCUGGCUCCUCAGACUGACCGACCGACUGAUCCCCUGCUGGACCCGGCCCUGCAUUUACCGCUGGUCCACCACACAGCAAUCUGUCCUCCGGUACCAGUGCGAGCUCGGCGUCCGCUUCUUGGACCUGCGGAUCGCCAGGAAGCCAGCAGGGGGCGGCGGACUGUUCUUCGCCCACGGGAUCUACACGCUGAUGACCGUCAAGGAGGCUCUGGAAGAGCUGGCGUUGUGGCUGGACGCUCAUCCCAAAGAGGUCAUCAUCAUCUCCUGCUCACACUUUGAGUCUCUGACUGAUGGAGAUCACGUCCAGCUCGUGGAGUUCAUCCUCUCUGUCUUCAGCGGGAAGCUGUGUUUCUCACAGGAUGUUCCCACGUUGCGUUCCUGUUGGUCUGGAGGUCAGCAGGUGAUUGUCUCCUAUGAUAACCAGCAGAUGGAGCAGCAGCACCCAGAGCUGUGGCCAAGCAUACCUUACUGGUACGCUGACAGCCCUAACCCAACGAGAGUCAUUGCUUAUCUGGAGGAGCAGAAGCGACAUGGAAGACCAGCGGGUUUCUACGUCAGCGGCCUGAACCUGACUGAAGACGCUCGCUACAUCUUCCUCCAUCCCUUCCAAAACCUGAAGACGAUGACAACAAAGGCGCUCUCGCCGCUGCUCCGUUGGACCGCAGAGCAGCGUCCAGGGCCAGAAGGGGGCGGAGUCAACAUCGUGUGCUGCGACUUCGUUGGCCUCAGUCGUUUCUGUUCGAUUGUGAUCGACCUGAACUUCAAACUGCUGAAAGCUGCAGCCGGGACCUCCUCUGGUACUCAGUUACAACCAGGUUGAGCCACUCUACCUGCUUCCACUGGUUCCAUAUUAGUUCUCAGUGUUGAAGAAAAAAAACGCAAAUGUCUUCAAAGGGCACAAUUAUCUCUGAAAUAUUUUCUUUUAAAUACAUCUAGCUCCUACAAUUUCCCCAUUUCAUUCCACAUGCCGCUUACUAUAUGACCUUUAAGGUGCAAAGGCAUUAAAGGUUCAAAUGUGAUUUAUGUGCCCUGAUUUGCAUAUGUUAUUCCUCGCUUAUUAACUAUUACCUCAUCUCAACAUUUUAAAAAUAAUCAAAUUAUUGUUGAAUGAUUUACAUUAUAGCCGCAUCUUGUUACACUUCUUGACACAUUUUUAAGCAACAAAUAUAGUUUGAUUGAUCAUCUGCAUAUAUGUAUAUAUUCUGUAAAAUCAAAUAUUUUAUAUAUGUUUUAUACAAGAUUUAAUGAAUGAACUCAAUUAAAUUUGUUGGGCUCAAAUGUAA